AAUGUAAAGAAAAAAGUAACUUUCUAAACCAGUUAUGAAUUCUGUUCCAACCUGGGAUCAACUCAUAAGAGAUCAGCUGUUGAGGCAUAAUUUAGUGAGUGGAGUACUCCUCUUGACUAGACAUGGUCAACCUGCAUAUACUUAUGGAGAACUUGACAUCGACCCUACUGUGGAGGAAUCAAAACAUUUUGUUCAGGCAUUCCGACAAAUACAAUCACAACAGGCAACCCAGAAUGACACCCUUACCAUUCAGUUUAAAAAUAGACAGAAAGUCAAUUUUACAGUCUACAAAAGGUCUCACUGCAGUAUCUAUGCCACAUCAGGUGGAAACAGGGAUGGUCUUAUGAUCUGUAACCUUCCCCAUGGAGUAAUGCUGUGUACAUACCAUCUUCCCACCCAAUCUGGGAAAGUCAUCCCUAUGGUGGAACACUUUUGUGACAUGCUAAGGGCAUGAAGACCAACAGAGCACCUACUAAAGUGUUAUUGAAGUAGAUGGUGUCUGACCGAGGAACACCUGUCUCAUCAAACAGUCUACUGGGGAGAUAAGCCAGGCAAGAGGCAUAGUGGUUGCUUGAUAUUGGAACCCAAAAGACAACCAAGUAAAAAGCAAAGAUAGAUGAAUUAUGCCUGUUUGAUGAUCACUACGCAUUUAAAUGCAUGUGCCCCACCAAGCAAGACUUCCACAGAGAUCAUGUUUAGGUCUGUGCACCAAGUUAAUCAACUCAAUAAAGAAAGAUAAAUGGAAGGGGAACCAUUGUGAGACAGUGAAUGCAUGGUGCAAUCUGAAUUGCUGAUGGAUCACUACAACAGGACCAUAAGGCAAAGCAUGUUUCACAUCGGUAUGGAAGAGAGAUUGAUGAUCACAAGGAAAAGCAGCUGUCACAGUGAUAUGAAAGGGAGAUUGAUGAUAACAAGCAAAGCAGCUUUCACAAUGAUAUGGAGGAGAGAUAAAUGAUCACCAGCAAAGCAGCUGUCACAGUGAUAUGGAAGAGAGAUUGAUGAUCACAAGGAAAAGCAGCUGUCACAGUGAUAUGGAAGAGAGAUUGAUGAUCACCAGCAAAGCAGCUGUCACAGUGAUUUGGAAGAGAGAUUGAUGAUCACAAGGAAAAGCAGCUGUCACAGUGAUAUGGAAGAGAGAUUGAUGAUCACCAGCAAAGCAGCUGUCGCCAUGAUAUGAAGUGUGAACGGAUGCUGUAUGAUGGAUAAUCACCAGGCAAUACAGGUGUCACAGAUAGAGAAGGGUUAAUUGAUGCUGGGUAUUCGAGGACCAUCAAGGAAGACAACUUACAGAAAUAAGUGCAUCAUAAUCAAAUUAAACAUUGUGCAAAUUUAAGCCUAACUUUAUUAAGUUCUUCAACAAUGAUGCUAACUACAACACAUUUACCAGCCUGUUUAACCUAUCUGAUGCAGGAUCUCUGCAGUCCAGGUCAUGUACUUAAGAUAUCAUGGUAAUCUGGUGUUUGAGAAAUCACUGUAUUUCAAUAUCAAUAUGUGAUCGUAAUUGUGAAUUAAAUAGUUGUGGAAAUAGA